AUGACUUCGACAACAGUUUUAAAUCUUUUGUACAAAUUCUUUGACACGAAAGGCGAUAAGUUGAAAUGGAAAGGCACUAUAGAAGACUUGAAAGCGUUUGUAUUGACAGAGAUUAACGAAGAUACCGCCGAUAAUACCUCGUGGAGUUCGUGGAAGUCACCAAGCGGCGGAAAGUGGUGCUUCGAAAGUAAAGAAUUAACAGUUACAUGGCAAAAGAAAAGUACAAACAUUCAAUUCGGUGGCGAUAAGGGGAAAGAAGUUAUAGAACGAGUGUACAACUUUAUGCAACUAAAUAAGACGAAUUCCCGAUGUGACGAUGACAAAGCUAUCGAUCAAGAAAGAAACGUAGAAAGCCUGCUAACUGAUGACCUUGCGGAUAAAUUAAACGAUAGCGACUUUGAUGAAUUUUCCGAAAAUCGAACAGGGGAUAUUACAUCUGGGUUGGCAUUUCAAGGCGAAAAACUUGGGAGAAACGUGCAGUCUUCUGUAUCGUCUGAAGGAAAUUUGCAUGUCGGAUUAACCGAAACAAAAGAUACACUUAAUCCCCGGGGAACUGGUGGUGCUCACUCAAACUGUUUUAGUUGUAACCCUGAAAUCAUUAUAUUAAAAUCACAUUUUGAGAGAUUCCGUAAGGACGUUACAACAAAACUAGAUGAUCUAGCUCUUGAAAUAAAUGUAGUGAAAGAAAAUAAACCAUACUCCAUUGUAACGCUUGAAGGAAGAAAAGGCUGA